AUGCUGUUGAAACUCGAUUUGGAGAAGGCAUAUGAUCGAAUUCGUUGGGAAUUUCUGGAAGAUACUCUCAUCGCAGCUGGUUUAUCAGAGAAAUGGGUCAGAUGGAUUCUUCAGUGUGUCACAGGUCCAUCUAUGCACGUGUUGUGGAAUGGGGAAAAAACAGAAGCUUUUAAGCCGGAACGUGGACUUAGACAGGGAUAUCCUCUCUCUCCCUAUCUUUUUGUCCUAUGUAUGGAAAGACUUUGCCAUCUGGUGGAAAAUGCAAUUGGGGAAGGCAAGUGGAAACCAAUUAGUUUAUCAAGAGGAGGACCAAAGCUAUCCCACAUGUGCUUUGCUGAUGACUUAAUACUGUUUGCGGAAGCGUCUGUGAGUCAGAUCAGGGUCAUAAGAGGUGUUUUGGAACGCUUUUGCUUGGCUUCUGGGCAGAAAGUGAGCCUUGAGAAGUCAAAAAUAUACUUCUCUGCCAAUGUAGCCCGGGAACUGAGAGAUGAGAUUAGUGGAGCCAGUGGUAUUCAACCAACUUGCGACCUGGGGAAGUAUUUGGGAAUGCCGGUGUUACAUAAGAGGUUAAAUAAAGAGACCUUUGGUGAAGUUGUGGCGCGCGUGUCUGCGCGCAUGGCGGGUUGGAAAGGACGUGUUCUAAGUAUGGCUGGGAGACUUACACUGACAAAGGCAGUCAUCUCAUCCAUCCCUGUGCAUUCAAUGAGCACCAUACUACUCCCAAAGUCGACCCUAGCUAAGCUGGACCAGCUAACAAGGUCUUUCUUGUGGGGGAGCGAUGGCGAGAACAAAAAGCAACACCUAGUAGCUUGGCAGAGAGUGUGUUUGCCGAAGCGAGAUGGAGGACUAGGGAUUCGCUCGGCUGCUGAGAUGAACAAAGCUAUGAUCGCGAAGGUUGGUUGGCGUUUGCUGCAGGACCAGAACAGCUUAUGGGGGGGUGUACUAAGAAGCAAAUACAAGAUUGGGGACCUCUCGGAGAGAGGUUGGAUCGUUACCAAACCUUAUUGGUCUGCUACUUGGAAGAGCAUUUUGAGUGGGAUGCGUGAAGUGGUUUUCCAGGGCUUAGGAUGGGUCGCUGGAGAUGGAAAUUCGAUUAAGUUUUGGACUGACCGAUGGCUCUCGGAUACUCCCCUGAUAAAUACGAAUGUGAUAGCACUUCCGGAGGCCAUGAAGGAGUUGACAGCUCGGCAACUCUGGGGGGAUGAUACAGAGUGGAGAUGGGAUCAGAUUACCCCUUUUGUCUCGGAGGAUACGCGACUGCGGCUACUUUCUGUGGUUCUGAAUACCAUUGCAGGGAAUAAGGAUACACUCUCCUGGACAGCAAGCCCGAAUGGUGAAUUCACGGUGCGCUCUGCAUAUGAGCUAUUGACAAGGAACUUGGCUCCGCGUCAGAAUAUGGAGUCUUUUUUCGAUCGGAUAUGGCGUGUGGCAGCUCCUGAACGGGUGAGACUUUUUCUUUGGCUCGUGGGAAACCAAUGUCUCAUGACAAAUGCGGAACGGAAACGACGACAUAUAUGUGACUCUGAUGUCUGCCAUGUGUGCAAGGGAAGAGUGGAAACUAUUCUACACAUUCUGCGAGAUUGCCCUGCUAUGAUGGGCAUUUGGACUCGUUUGGUCCAGCCUAGGAAGCAGCGAGAGUUUAUGGAGAAGCCUGUUUUGUCAUGGCUAUAUGCAAACUUGGGAGAUGACAGCUUGGUGGAGAUGGUACCAUGGUCAACUCUAUUUUCUAUGGCUGCAUGGUGGGGAUGGAAAUGGCGGUGUGGUAACAUAUUUGGUACAAAUGGGAAGUGCCGCGAUCGUGUGCGAUUCCUUAAGGACCUAACGAAAGAGGUCACGUCGGCCACAUCAGCUUGCCAGACUCAGAACACGGCGAGGCCUCGAACCGAGGUGAUGAUAAGUUGGAAGAAGCCGGUGGACGGAUGGAUGAAGCUUAAUACAGACGGGGCCUCGCGUGGGAACCCAGGCUCCGCCGCAGCAGGAGGAGUCCUUCGAAACAACGUUGGUGAAUGGUGUGGUGGUUUUGCAUUGAAUAUAGGUGUCUGUUCAGCGCCUAUGGCAGAAUUGUGGGGUGUUUACUAUGGCCUCUACAUUGCUUGGGAGAAACAGGUUUCACAAGUGGAGGUUGACAUUGAUUCGGAGUUGGUGGUCGGCUUUCUCAAGAAUGGGAUUGGAGAGGCACACCCACUUUCCUUCCUGGUACGUUUGUGCCAUGGCUUCAUUACAAAGGACUGGACUGUCCGUUUUACUCACGUGUAUAGGGAGGCUAAUCGUCUAGCCGAUGGAUUAGCUAACUAUGCAUUUUCUCUCCCUUUUGGUUUUCAUGAUUUGCCUUUAGCCCCGGCUAGUUUGGAAUCAAUCCUACAAGAUGAUGUACUAGGAUAUGAGCUUCCAAGAGAUGUUAUUGUUGUUUAA